AUGGCCAACGCCUCAGCCUCUGAAACGAGUAAGCCUAGGCUAGGCCUGCGCGCCUUUGCUGUAAUUCUGGCUGUUAUUACAAUGUCACUAUUUGGAGCUUUAUCCGGCAACACGGGCUGGGUAUACUACAUUGUCGUCGGCAUCCCAGGGAUCUGGUCUUUGGUCAACCUCGCCCUAGUCGUCUUCAAGCGGCCUGUUCACCCGGGCGCCCAUAUUGCUCUGGAUCUCAUCUUCACAGUUGUUUUGCUGUUUUUCGGAAUCGUCAGCCUUCUAGCAGAGCGUGUGUCUCAUUACAAUGAACGCGCACAACAGCAGUCGUGGUGGGACAUGGGCGUCGCUGCUAUCUCACUCAUGAUUAUCAAUGGGUAA